CAUGAUCUUCCUCCCAGCUGCAGAGCAGACAGCUCGGUGUUCAGACUGACGAGCUGACUAAGCUCUAUGAACUGAUGUAACAUUUAGCCUAGCUACUUAACAGCGUCACCAAAGCACAGGCAGAAAUCAUAGCUCGGAAACAUGCUUUGGUUUGAGGGCUCGAUUCCUGAUGCCAUUAACCAGGCUAAACAGCAGAGUUUUGUUUUUGUCGUCGUCAUUACAGGAGACGAUGAACAGUCAGCACAGCUGAUGGCCAGCUGGGAGGACGACAGAGUCUCAGAGGCAGCACUCAACUGCUGCGUGGCCAUCAAAGUUGAUGCCAAGAGUGAGACAUGUGUGCAGUUCUCCCAGAUCUAUCCAGUAGUAUGCAUACCCUCUAGCUUCUUCAUUGGAGAGAAUGGGAUUCCCCUGGAGGUCAUCGCUGGCAGUGUGUCUGCUGAAGAAUUGAUGAAAAGAAUCAACAGAGUUAAGCAGAUGCAUGCUCAGCAGAUUGGAGGUGCGACUGUGUUACCAGAGGCAAGUGCUCCUGUGGAGGCCAGCCCACAUAAUAGCACAGCCACAGAAUCUGCUCCAGCCUCAACUCCAGCAGUGCCCAUUAGGUCAGCAGCAGAAGCCACAGAGCCCGCAGCAGUACCAGGAACAACAAAAGCAUCGCUGUCAAGCCCAGUAGAUGAUGGCAGCCUUUCAGCCACAGCGACACCUGCAGAGAACGCGUCUUCAGAUCAUGCUAAUCAGAGUUCUCAGAGUGAAGAAAACUUGGAUGCUAAAGUGGAAAGGUUAACCAAAAAACUGGAGGAGCGACGAGAGCAAAGGAAGAAAGGAGAAGAAGAGAAUGAGAUCAAAAAGGAAAUUGAGCGGCGGAAGACAGGGAAGGACAUGCAGGACUUUAAAAGGAAACAGGAAGAGGAGAAGACAAAGCGACUCCUGGAGGAAAGGAACAGGGAGAAGGCGGAGGAGAAGGCUGCCAGGGAGCGAGUCAAACAGCAGAUCGCCAUGGACCGAGCUGAUAGAGCAGCCCGCUAUGCCAAAACCCAGGAGGAGGAGAGGGCUGCCAAGGAGGCCCUUCUGCAGGCCAGACAGGCAGAGCAGGAGGCCAGGAAAGAGGCACUGCUCAGAGAGAGGAGUACCAUAGCGAGGAUACAGUUCCGCCUCCCAGAUGGCUCAUCUUUCACCAACCAGUUCCCCGCACAGAGCAAACUGCAGGAGGCUCGGCACUUUGCUGCUCAGGAAGUGGGAAACCGCUAUGGUAACUUUUCCCUGGCUACCAUGUUCCCACGGCGAGAGUUCACCAGUGAAGACCUGAACAAGACUCUGCAGGAGCUGGAACUGGCUCCAAGUGCUUCCAUCGUGCUUCUGCCGUCAGGCAGGCCUGCUAACGCAGUGGUCCAGUCCUCUGGUGGGGGUAUCUGGGCUGUUCUGGGCACACUCCUCUACCCUCUGCUGGCUGUAUGGAGAUUCCUCAGCUCCUUCUUGUUUGCAGCCCCACCCCCUCCUGGAGCAGCAUCCCGAGGCCCUGCCCAGCAGUCCAGCUCUUAUAGCAACUCAUCAUCCACCUCGGACAAGGCAAAGAGAGAAACUCUGUCCAAGCACACUCUGGAUAAGCGGCCCAAAGACUUCAAGAAAGAGGGUAAAGUCUGCAGGCUGAGGACUCAGGAGGACAGCGAGGAUGACAACAACACCUGGAAUGGGAACUCCACCCAGCAGAUGUAACAGCAGCUCUCUCCCUCCCUCCCUCUUGCUCUCCUGCUGUGAAUUAGUUCAGUCUGACCAGUCGAAGGGUUUCUGCUGCACUUAGAGCUGAUCCUUUAGUUUUCUUUUUGUCUUACUGUGUUCCAGGCCUGCGCCCUGCAUUUCGCCUGCAUGGGGAGAUCAAUAAUAAUCAACAGAAGCUCCUCUGGUCUUGAACUGAGUGUUUUUGUGUUGAUUAUGACAUGAUUCCAUCUCCUAAACUGGGCUCAGACUACAGCAGGUUGACAGACAGUGAAAGGCUACACCAGCAUUCUCUCUGGCUUUUUGCUCAUAAUAGAUGGUUGUCAGAUACAUCAGAAUUAACUUAAUUGAAUAAAAUUUGUUAUUAUCAUUAUAAUUGUUAUUAUCAGGCAACAAAUUAUGUGAAGAGAGUAAAUGGACAGUAAACAGCUUACCUGAACAUGUUGUAAUCUGAACCUGGCUUUGCAUUCUGUUAUGGAGUCACAGCAUUUAUAAAGGUUUAACUUUGUGAUGUGACUGGCUGAUUGCCAGUGACUCACCUGGAUUCUUAUUUAACAGCAGAAUGAAGACAUUUUGUUUUAGAUGUAUAAAAUGCUUCAUUAAACAGCUUGCAGCCACUGGCAGAGGACUGUACAUCUGCCAAGGUGGUGGCACACACAUAAACAUGCACACACACAUGCACACACGCACCUUGGCAGUAUGUGUUUCUACUAGUUGACAGUGGGCGACUACUGUAGUUCUCCUCAUCCAACAAUGAAUAUUAAAGCAGCCUGUUUUUCAGAAAAACCCUGAAA